UGAUAACUCUAAUCUCUGACAAGGCCAACCCCAAAAUAACCAUGAGUUUCCAGAAGCCUGAGAUCACUGAAGAAGAACCAGCUGAAGGUGAGAAGCCUAAAGAAAGGACAAAAGAAGCAAAGAUGACAAGCCCCACCAGCAGAGGCAACCCAAAUGCUAACAACUGCUCCCGGGUCUGCCUAAAGGGGAAAGUGAGCAACAUCCUGCUACUAAAUGUCAUCUGUCUCUGGGUCCUCUGGCCUCCCUUCACACAAGCAGCCGACAGCCGCUGUAACAAAUGUUACAAGACGGUGUAUCAGGCAGAAGGAAGCUCAUUCCAAAUCCGACACUUUUUCCGAGCACAUACUUAUGUUAAUCCAUCUUGUUACAACAUAACAGAGCUGGGUAUCUGCUCAGAAAAAGGUCACAAGUAUUGGAUUGGCAAAAACAUUGGCACCCAAACACACAAGCAGAAGGGAGAGUGCCCCUCCCAAGACAAUUGGCUCUGUUUCAAUUUUAGAUACAUAACCAGGACAGAAGAUUUGUUAAAAAGAAAGACCUAUGACACCGACCUGAUCCAAGAGGUGGUCAUAGAAGAAAAAGAAAAGCAAAAAGAAAACAAUCCUUUGAUGUCAAGGAAAAACUUAUUUAUUGACCUGGCAGAAAGGAUUGGAAAACAGCUAAAUUUAACAAAUUGCUGGGUGUGUGGAGGAACUUUAGAAUCGGAAAGUUGGCCUUGGCGGGGAGUCAGUCUUGGACCCCCCGAUUUACUCCGACUGAGUAAUCUUUCCCCCACAACCCGACAUGACAAUGAAACCUGGCUGCUAAGCAAUUCUGUUAUUGGAGAAGAAUGCAUCUGGAGGAAAGGAAGAAAAUUCUUAGAAGAAGUUGGUGAGACAAUAUGCAAAAGGUACCUGGUAACUGAUGGGCAAAAACACUGGUGGAUACCCCAAGAACCAGAUAUAUUCUGGUCUGCAGAAAAGAUUAAAAACAAAAAUUGCAUUUUUAAUCCUGUUAAAAAACUCUGGCAGUGUUGGGAUCAAGGAAAUCCAUACUCUGUCCUGCCACAAAUUUCCAAAUACUGGAUCACAGCAGCAAGUGUACAACCCCACUUCUGGGAAGCACCACAAGACCUCUAUUGGAUCUGUGGUAACCGAGCUUACUCCAGCUUACCACCUCGCUGGAAAGGGAGCUGCACUCUUGGAGCCAUUCAGCCAAACUUCUUCCUACUUGCUGAAAACGCUGGAGCCCACCUUGGAAUCUCCCUUUAUGACGAACUUUCCCGUACCAAAAGACAUGUAAUAGGGGGGACCCAGAGAUGGGGAGAGGAAGAAUGGCCAGCCGAGAGGAUCCUAGAGACUUAUGAACCUGCUACAUGGGCACAGGAUGGGAGCUGAGGGUACCGAACUCCCAUCUACAUGCUAAACCGGAUCAUCAGACUGCAAGCACUAAUUGAGGACUUAUUUUUCUCCCUUGUUUAAUCCCUUGUUUCAUCCGUUUAAUCACCA